AUGGCGUGCCAUGGUCUGGUAGAUGGGGGCCUGCACACUGCUCCGACAAUGGCAGGUCCAACAUGGCGCAACUCCAGAGGGGUCGAGCGGAGGCUCGACUAUAUUUUUCCAUCCAGGUCACUGGGUCAGUUGUCUGGGCGUUUGUUGCCUGGGUUUAUUUUGUAUCACGACGGGGUGCUGCUGCAGGUGGGGGCACCAGUCUGCCUCUUUGGUAGGGGGUACUGUAAGUUAGAACGGGAGGUACUGGAUGAGCAGGCUUUCAUUAACGGUUUUGUUGAUUUCUUUAGGGGGCUUGAGGGCCUCCGGUCCAUGUGUGAGGGGGUGUUAGAGUGGUGGGAAAUAGCAAAGGUGAGGAUUAGGGUUUUUAUAAUAGGAUAUUGUAAGAGGAAAAAGAGGGAGGAAAGGAGGGAGGUGAAUCAUAUCCAAAGGCUGCUCGAACUCGAGGCAGGCAACCUCGGCGGGUCGGUAGACUGGGAGAGAUCCUCUGCCCUAAAGGCGCAACUUAGGGAGGUGCAUGAGCGGAAGGCUUGCGCUUUCCUGGAGCGUGCGCAUAGUGGGUUUUUAUAACACGACGAGACUUGUUCCGCCAUGUUCUUUAAAUCAGUUAGGGGAAGACAGAGUAGGAAGGUAAUGUACGGGGUUAGGGAAGAAAACGGUAGAGUAGUGAGAGAAACUGAGGAAAUAGUCAAGGUGACCACGGAACAUUUCCAAGGUUUUUUUCAAGAAAGGGCAGUAGAUGUAGAGCAGGGAAACGUGUUUUUAGAACACCUGUCCCGGCGAGUGCCAGAGGACAUUAGACAAGCGAUGGAGGCUCAGAUCUCCCUCGAAGAGGUUGAGAGCGCCCUCAGGAGGAUGGGAAAAGGGAAGGUGCCCGGGAUGGAUGGGCUGCCGGCAGAGUUUUACCUGAAGUAUUGGGGGAAACUUGGUCCGGUAGUCCUUGAAGUCUUGAAGGCCAUCCUCGAGACGGUGGUCCCGGGGGGAUCAAUGGCCGUAGGUGUGCUGUCACUUCUUUACAAGAAGAGGGACGCAACAGACCUUGGCAACUGGUGGCCGUUGACCAUGCUGUGUGUAGAUUAUAAACUGCUUGCGAAGGUUCUAGCGGACCGGUUGCGCACAGCCCUUCCCUACGUCGUCCAUGAGGUUCAGACGUGUGGGAUAGAGGGCCGCUCUAUUAGGUGGAACCUGAGUUUGAUUAGGGACUCCAUCACUUGGGUAGAGGAUAGAGGGCUGCCAUUAAUGGUAGCAGCACUUGAUCAGGCUAAAGCCUUUGAUCGAGUUAAUAGAUAUUUUCUUUUCAGGGUGUUAGGUAGGUUAGGUUUUGGGAAGAAGUAUAUAGGGUGGAUCCGUGCUUUAUAUGUCAGAGCAGAGUGCCGGGUUAAUGUAAACGGUCACAUGGGUGACGUUUUUGACCUCGCGUCGGGGGUCAGGCACGGGUGCCCGCUCUCAGCAUUCCUCUUCGUUCUGUACAUGGAGCCUCUGGGGGCUGCCAUUAGGGCAGACACAGGGGUGGAGGGCUUGCUUAUCCCUGGGAGCGGUGGGCUGCACGUUAAGAUGACGCAGUACGCCGACGACACACUUCCUUGUUACUAUGCAAGGACUCGUGCCUGA